CCUUCGCUGCAUUCCCCCCUGAAAUGACUGAGCGAAGACCCGAAGACCUUGGAAAUAAUCGUUUAUUCAAUGGCAGAGAGCGCAUUGGUCAAGGUUUCCCGUUCCCUGCCUGGACCACACCCAACCCCUCACGAGAACCUCCAGUGACACGGAUCUCAGAGAAAGACAACGCCUGGCUGUACACCCUUGAUCCCAUCCUGGUCACCAUCAUCGUCAUGAGUUCCCUGGGCGUUCUGUUGGGAGCGGUUUGCGCCGGGCUCCUACUCUACUGCACAUGCUCCUACAAUGGCCUGUCAUCCCGCAGCACCACCACGCUGGAAAACUACAACUUCGAGCUGUACGACGACAUCAAGCACAAGGUGAAGAUCAACCAGCAGCGCUGCUGCUCCGAGGCCUGAUGGCAGCCGAUCGGGAGAGGCGCUCUGUCCGCUUGUGAACUGGUGCCGGCCUGAUCCAAAACUGAAUGGACCUCACGCUGCUAAUAUAGGGCUGAUCUCUGACCAGGAUUAUUGAAGGAUCACUGGGAGCAUAGAGGCUUCCUGUGGACAGCUCAAUGGGAAUGAAUAGUGAUCAACACAUAUCAACCUAAUGACUUUCCCUCCUUCAAAAAAUAAAAGAACUUUAAACAAAUGUAUAUUGCUAUAGAUUUGUAAAGAAAAAUGCAAUCUAAUAAUGCUUGAUGGAAGUUAGAAAAGCGAGAGAGGCACUAGGACUAGAAGACAGAUUGCUUGUGAAAUUUCGGCCUCCAUUGUGUGAAAGCUGUGGCCUAGAAUAUUGUUGACAUUUGCUUUAGUUUAGACUCGGGUCUUUUUGCUGACCCGCUUAAGUUCCCAUUCCCGUCUUUGCCACUUUUCACAACCGUUUUGAAGUGUCAACGCCUCUUAUGAAGGUUUUAUACUUCAGUUCAGUCUGUUUGUAGCAGCAGGAAAGAAAACAUGCUGUAUUACAUUCAGAAAAAUCCUUUUAGAUUGAAGUAUUAGGAUUGUCUUUUGUGUCUCUUUUUUCUCUUUUCCUUUUUUUUGUUUUUGUUUUUGACUGUUUGAUUUCUCAGCAUAGCGUUGAAGACUCUGUGUGGACAAUUCAAACUAAUUUAUCGCAACCUAUGGAUUGCUAAGAAUUCAGAGCCACUGAAGUAACAAAGACUCAAGCUGGCAGAGCGACUUUGGUGAAGGAGCUGAAAAAUCCCCAAGCCACUUUCAUGUACAAACAAUCAAGCCUUAAGCAAACUGUUUUGGAGGAGAGCCAUUUUGAAACACCAGUCCUUGGGUUUGAAGCCACUGGGGCCUCGGAGGAGUCAGGCCUUACACUUGCUUUCUUUCAUUUCACCUGUCUGUUUACUCCAUAGUUUAUUUUGGGCUGUUGAAAAUGAAGGCUAACAAGACCAGGUUUGGUGCAAGCCUGAGAGAAGGGUGAGAAUUUCACAGAACGUUUCACCUCAAGGUGAAGAGAGCGAUAGAACGAGUACACACAUGGGGGAAGUGUGUGUACAUUUCUUUAUUGUACCUCAGACUGGCCUCUCGCUCCCCAGAGCCACACUGGGAGUUCUGUUGACUUGUGGGUAAGCGAGGGGGGUUGAGGGGCUCGUCUUAUUAAGGAGUGCGGAAAGCAGCCGGAGACACGGAUUGUUCAGUUGUUGGGGGAGAGAACGAUGAAGAGGGAGAGAUUGUGUGUAUUCAGCUCAGUUUUCAUUGGACUCUGUUAAUUCCUUUCCAAGUGCCUUGGAGCUCUGGCCUGUUUUGGCUUUGCUGCAGAGCUGUGAUAGUAUUACCUCGUCUGUCUGGGACAGGCGGCCAACACCAAAAGACAUGGAGAUCCCGGCACUGGUCAGAACAUUCAAAAAUUGUUGUUUGUAGACUUU